CGGCAGCGGCAUGUGGACGGCAGACACACCGGAGACGUGUGUGGGUACUUUAUGCUGAUACCGGUCCGGGCUCUCAUAGGAGCGCAUGACCCGCCGUGAUGGCCGGGGGACGCAGAGGACUAGUGGCCCCACAAAACACUUUUCUGGAAAAUAUUGUCCGACGGUCUAACGUUUGGACAUUAUCACAUAGACACACAGACACAAACUUUGUGUUGGGAAAUGCCCAGAUCGUAGACUGGCCCAUCGUUUACAGUAAUGAUGGCUUUUGUAAGCUGUCCGGCUACCACCGUGCUGAGGUCAUGCAGAAAAGCAGUACAUGCAGCUUCAUGUACGGAGAGCUCACAGAUAAGGACACAUGUGAGAAAGUUCGGCUGACUUUCGAGAACUAUGAGAUGAAUUCGUUUGAGAUCUUGAUGUACAAGAAAAACAGAAUGCCGGUUUGGUUUUUUGUGAAAAUAGCACCUAUACGAAAUGAACAGGAGAAGGUUGUGCUCUUCCUGUGUACGUUUAGUGACAUAACAGCAUUCAAACAACCAAUUGAAGAUGACUCCUCCAAAGGAUGGGGGAAGUUUGCUCGUCUGACCAGGGCUCUGACCAGCAGUAGAGGGGUCCUGCAACAACUGCAGCCCACCGUACAUAAAGGAGAGAAUGUACAUAAACACUCGCGCCUUGCAGAGGUUCUCCAGCUGGGCUCAGACAUCCUGCCCCAGUACAAACAAGAGACACCCAAGACCCCUCCUCACAUCAUCCUGCACUACUGUGCCUUUAAGACCACAUGGGACUGGGUCAUCCUCAUUCUCACCUUCUACACCGCCAUCAUGGUCCCAUACAAUGUCUCAUUCAAAACCAAGCAGAACAACGUCACCUGGCUGGUUGUGGACAGCAUUGUGGAUGUGAUCUUUUUGGUAGAUAUUGUACUAAAUUUCCACACCACGUUCGUGGGCCCGGCUGGGGAAGUGAUAUCAGACCCGAAACUGAUUCGCAUGAAUUACUUGAAAACCUGGUUUGUGAUUGACCUGUUGUCCUGUCUGCCUUAUGAUGUCAUCAACGCCUUUGAGAACGUGGACGAGAACUGGAAUCAUCGAGCUGUCACUCAAGGUAUCAGUAGCUUGUUUAGUUCACUGAAGGUUGUUCGUCUGUUGCGUCUGGGCCGGGUGGCUCGCAAACUAGAUCACUACAUCGAGUACGGUGCGGCUGUUUUGGUUCUGCUGGUUUGCGUGUUUGGGCUGGCGGCCCACUGGCUGGCCUGCAUCUGGUACAGCAUUGGAGACUAUGAGGUCAUAGACGAGGAACGUAACAAAGUACGUCCGGAGAGCUGGCUUUAUAUGCUGGGUGAGACGAUCGGGACACCCUAUCGCUUCAACGUCAGCGGGAUGGGAAGAUGGGAAGGUGGACCUACAAAAGAUUCAGUCUACAUCACGUCUCUGUACUUCACCAUGACCAGCCUGACCAGUAUUGGCUUUGGAAACAUCGCUCCAACCACAGAUGCUGAGAAGAUCUUCGCUGUGGCCAUGAUGAUGAUUGGAUCUCUCCUCUACGCCACCAUCUUCGGUAACGUGACAACUAUCUUCCAGCAGAUGUAUGCGAACACAAACCGCUACCAUGAGAUGCUGAACAGCGUGAGGGACUUCCUCAAGCUGUACCAGGUGCCCAAAGGCCUGAGCGAGAGGGUUAUGGAUUAUAUCGCCUCCACGUGGUCCAUGUCCCAUGGUAUUGACACCGAAAAGGUUUUGCAGAUCUGUCCUAAAGACAUGCGUGCUGAUAUAUGUGUGCACCUGAACAGGAAGGUUUUCAAGGAACAUCCUGCUUUCCGUUUAGCCAGUGACGGCUGUUUGCGGGCUUUGGCCAUGGAGUUCCAGACCAUCCACUGCGCUCCAGGCGAUCUUAUCUACCAUGCGGGCGAGAGCGUGGACAGCCUCUGUUUUGUGGUGUCAGGGUCACUGGAGGUCAUCCAAGACGAUGAGGUGGUCGCCAUUCUGGGUAAAGGUGAUGUGUUUGGGGACGUGUUCUGGAAGGAGGUGACGCUAGCUCAGGCAUGUGCUAAUGUGAGAGCGCUAACAUACUGUGACCUGCAUGUGAUCAAACGGGACGCGCUUCAGAAAGUCCUAGAGUUCUACACCGCCUUCUUCAACCACUUCUCACGAAACCUCCUGCUUACGUACAACCUGCGCAAAAGG